GUCGUCCACGAGAGGGAAAUCACCCCCCUCAGAAUCUUUCCUUAGGACGCCAAGAUGGCCGCCAACAGCAUGACAGAAUCCGACCGGGAAACUCUUCAGUGUCGCAUCAACCAGGUCACCAAUGAGUCUUUGGAUAGCACUAGGAGGAUGGUCCAUCUGGUGGAGGAGACCAAAGAUGCUGGGAUCCGGACCUUGGUCAUGUUGGACGAACAGGGAGAGCAACUGGACCGGAUUGAAGAAGGCUUGGACCAAAUCCACCAAAAUAUGAAGCAAGCAGAGAAAAAUCUUUCAGACAUGGCCAAAUGCUGCGGGCUUUUCGUCUGCCCCUGUGCCAAGUUGAAGUCCAUCAAAGCGCUGGAGGCUUAUAAGACAGGGUCCGGCAACAGCCAGGAUGACGUGGUUUCCAGGCAGCCUUGCAUGGUGGCUGACGGGAAUCAGAUGGUCAUGAGUGGUCCUUUCAUUCACAGGAUCACGAAAGACGAUGCUGAAGAGGAGAUGGAACAGAACAUGAACUAUGUAGACAGCUUGCUGGGCAACCUCCGCAACAUGGCUAUCGAUAUGGGCAACGAAAUUGACAUCCAGAACAAACAGAUGGACAGCAUUGCAGAAAAGGUUGACACCAACGACACCCGUAUCAGAGGGGCCAACUCCAUCACCGCUAAGAUGCUGAAGUCGUCCUGAGCCGGCCCGUCGUCCAUCUUUUACUCACCUCUCCCUCCCCACAGAAGCCCCUGAUUUCUUCUGCUGUGGUUCUGAGGAUGGAGUGAUUUCCAUCUAGCCCAUUUUAGAACACUACCGGGGGGAGGGGGGAGAACAGCCCAGUUUAAACCCCCGAGUUCAGUCCUCUAGUUUGGAACCCGCGUAUUUCCAGAACUCCCCUGCCCAACGGAUGGUUACUGCGGCUUAACAAAUACCGCAAACUACUACAGCCUAGAGCCUUCACCCCAAACCUACGUCCAGGUAGCCCACCUUUGAGCGAUUCCUGCUUAGGGGAGAGGUUGACUUUGGGGGAACCCAGUUGCUGAGACAGUGGCGUGUAGAUCCCCCCCCUCCCCCAAAUGUGGACGUGUGCAAGAACGGACACUGAGCGAGAACAAACGCUUGAAGGGUGACGUACGCACAACCUUCGUAGAGAAGCUGGUAACUGCUGGGCAAAAGAGACAGGGCAGAGAUGGGCGUCGCGAAGGGACUUGAGAACGAAGGUGCUCUGAGCCAUCUUUGCCGCUCCACGUGCGGUGGACUGCGGUGCACAUGGUUAUUGGUUGCUUGGUUAUUGAUGCUUGUUCUUUCACCCGUUACAUUAGGACAGGGUUCCCGAACGCAGUGCCCAGGGCACUGUGGUCCUUGCCAGAAGUCUUCUUGUUGCCUGUCGAGCUUUCAGGGAAGUGUGUGGGACAAUUCUAAUUCGGGGCUUAUUAUUAUUUUAUUUAUUUAUUUAAAGGUCAAGGUCGUCCCCUGCGCAAGCACCAGUCGUUUCCGACUCUGGGGUGACGUUGCAUCAUGACGUUUUCACGGCAGGCUUUUUUACGGGGUGGUUUGCCCUCGCCUUCCCCAGUUAUCCUGUUCAGUUAUCCUGAAUCCCAAAGCAGUUUAUUUCAAUUUUGACACCCCUUCUCUUUGGCCAAGAGCUCAGAGUGGUUCACAACAUUUGUACAAUGACAUCCAUUAAAACAGGUACAAAAA